AGAUGGGGCAAGGUGUGCUCGGGCGGGUUUGGAGCUGAGGAGGCAUCUGUGGUAUGCCGCGAGCUGGGCCUCUCUGGCGGUCGGGCCUCUGCCACAUUCCCUGCUCGCCCCGGCCUGCCCUUCAUCAUCGGCCGCGUCGCGUGCACCGGCUCUGAGCGCCGUCUGGCAGAGUGCAAGUUCGUGGCCACUGCAGCCUGCGCCACGGGGAAAGCUGCCGGUGUGGUGUGCUCAGAGCCUCCCCCCAUGGGCAUGCGGCUGGUGGAGGGCAAGAGCAGAUACGAGGGUCGUCUGGAGGUCAACUUUGGUGGGCGCUGGGGCACCGUUUGCGACGCGCGCGGCACCUUUUCCCAGGACAUGGCCAGGAUGGUGUGCUACAAGCUGGGCAUGGUUGGGGGUAAGGCACGCAGGGCACCGCGCCCCGGCAAGCUGCCCAUCCUCCUGUCCGGCGUCAAGUGCGAUGCCAGGGCCGCCGACCUGUCUGCCUGCUCCUUCAACACAGCCACCAAGGCCUGCACUCACGCCAUGGAUGUGGGCAUCGAGUGCACACGGGCCGCCAUUGGUCAGGUGCGCCUGGUGGGUGGCAAGUCGACGCUGAAGGGCAGGGUGGAGGUCCGCAUUGGGAGCCGCUGGGGCACCGUGUGCCCCUUCAAUGAGGAGGAGGCGCAAGUCGUGUGCCGCUCCCUC